AUGUCAAUUAGAAAUCCUGAUACUUUCGAUAGAGACAGUCUUGUUAAACUUGCAAGAAUUUCAGAGCAUUGUGAACGAUAUGAAGAUACGGUAGAAUUUAUUAAAGCCUUAGCAAGAAAAGCAGGAGAAUUAACUAUUGAAGAAAUUAAUCUUUUAUCGCUUCCGUAUAUGUGCCUUAUCAAUCAAAGAAAAACUUCUAUACGAAUAAUAGACUCAGUUUUGAAAAAAUCAGAAAACAAAGAGAAUUUAGAUAUUCUUACUAGCUAUAAGCAGAAUAUUAAAGAAGAAAUUAUAUUUUGGUGUGAAGAUCAAAUAACCUUGAUUAGUUGGUUAUUGGAGUUUAUAAAUAAUGAAGAUCCUAGGUGCCUAACGUAUAAGAUGUUAAAAGCUCAUAGAUAUCGAGAUUUAAUUGAAGUUGAAAAUGGCGACAGAAAAGAAUCAUUUCUGAUAAAAGCUAAAGAAAAUUAUACUGACUCUCCGCCCUCUGUGAGCUAACAAAACCAUUGGAAGUCUUCCUAUUUUUUGCCCAAAAAACCACCUUCCAUGAGCGAACAAAAAUGUUUUUAAUAUAAUUUUUUUAUGAAAAAUAUUUGAUGCAUAAUUAGUAUUAUUAUAAUUAAAUCCCUAGCUAUUCUGUUUAAUUUAAAACAACUUGAAUUUUAAAGCAUAAAUUUUAUAAAAAAUUAACAUUGCUUUAAAAUUUAUUUCGAAUUUUGAAAAUAAUUUACUCUAAAUUUAUAUAUAAAUCUUUUAAAAUUAACCCCCCUUUGUCAGUGAUCAAAAUUUUUUUCUUAUAUUUCGCAAAGGGGGGGAGUGAGUGGUCUAAUCUUGCAAAUAGCUUAUGCCCUACUCAUUCACAGAAACUAGGCAUGGCACUCAACUUAGCAUCUUUUUAUUAUGAAAUUGAAGGGAAUAGAGCUGCUGCACUUGAAGUUCUUAAUCAAACAAUAAUAAGUGCAGAAGAAGAAAUUUCACGCCCUUUAGGUCUUAUAUAUACUGAUUCUUAUAAAUAGCUAUUUUUUUCAAAACAAUUUCAUUUACUAACUUUUUAAAGAUAGUUAGCAUACUCAGAUACAGCAUCUACCCUGAAAAUACUCAAAGACACUUAUAAUAGUUUUAAUUCUGAAGAAACAAUAUAA